CCUUGGAUCGGUUUGGCUUUCGACUUGAACUCGCCUUGUGCGGUUAGUCAACUUUCGUAUGCCUUUCGCAGCCAACGCAAAUCGUGCUGGCGGCAAGCAUGGCUGCCGAAGCUGGAAUGGAAGGUGCGGGUUGCGACGACAAGUUAGACGAGGAUGGCAAAGAUAGCCCAGCCUCCCCAAGUGAGGCAGUUCCCACGACGAGUUCGACGGCAGACGACUACGCCUAUCGGCCUCCAAGUGGUGCAGAUGUCUUCAAGUGGCACCAAGGUCGCAUCCAUGACAACCAAGUCAAAGUUUGGACGGGCACAAAGCGACUGGAGCCAGAUGGGUCCACAGAGGAGACGGAGCUGGUGGAAUCGCUGCGGAAGAGCAGAGCCGACACACUUGGCCGCGUCGGAUCGCUCAGACCCAUUGACGUCUUGCAAGCCCUGUGGGACGACCAGGAGAAGAGAGUUGUCGUCACCAAACACAAGGGCACCUACCUCAAAUUUAUGGGCACAAAAGUGGGAGACAAAAUGGUGCUGCACCCACUGGAGGCACUCUUCCUGCUGGAAGCGAAUCAGUUGUUGCUGACGCGCGAUGGCACCUCGAUGAGCAUCUCGGAGUCCUACGAGGUUCUCCUGAAGGACGGCGAUGACUACGACAAGUACCUCGUCUACUCGCAUCUCCUUAGGGCCGGAUACAUUGCUAUUCCACACAAAAAGCAGGAAAGCUCCAAAACAUCAACACCUGCCAAGCCAGAAGCAAAGAAAGUAAAGGAUGAGCCACAUGAAAGUGACGAUGACGUGGUCUGCCUGGACGACUCGGACGACUCGGACAUAUCCAUCAUCGAGGUGAUUCCGGCCAAGUUGCCCAAGCUCGACCCUUCCGUCACAAUCAUGCCGGCGACCAGCCCAAAAAAGAGCCUGUUCCCGGAGAAACGGCCUGCCCAGUGUGCUGAACUCUCUUUCCCAAAGUAUGUCGCCGGUCAGUUGCUGACCCUGAAACGGCCGCCUCGGCACCUCCUUCCCACUAAUGUGUACCUUUCGAGAGAGUGGUACGAAGUCGACACCGCCGGGUGGAAACAGGAAGAGUCCAUCAGGGAGAAGCGGAGAACCAGGGGCUGGUAUGAAGAACGGCCGUUGGCAAAUUGGGACCAGAGGCACAACUCCGGACGAAGGAAUCCUGCGAUCCCGGAACUACGGCCAGACCCUCAGUGCCAGGGCAACGGAGAGGCGUGGCAGGCCGCAGACGCGUCGUCGUGGCAUGCCACGAAUAACUCCACACCGACAAUUCCGGAGCAGCGCAGAGAUGGCAGAACAUGGAACAACUCGGACUCUGCCGGUUACCGCACCGGUCAGCCUCGGGGCCCGUACCAGGGUGGCAGCGGACCGUGGAACAACAUGGCGAGGCCACCGUACGACGCGUCUCACAACCGGCCGUGGUGGUCGGGAGAAGGAGGAGCUGGUCAGCCACAACCGUGGAACCUCGCCGACCCUCGGGGAGGGGCCAACCUGGAAAGAGUGCCACCACCACUGCCUUGGGGGCCGGGCCAGCCUUGGCGCUCCAUGCCACCGCCCCCGCUUCCACCACUCCCGCCACUGCUUCCAAGCUGGCCUCGGAAUCCUCAGGAAGGCGCUCCGCAUAGUUCUGGCAAUCAGUACGGCUACUUUACGGAAACAUACGUGAGUGAAGCAUCACAGCGAAGCCAGGAGCCAAGACGGUCCGGAUCGAGCUCUUCAUUCCACUCCGGACCGGGCCGGCCAGACCGGCCGAAUCGGCCAAACCAGGCAUCCUACCGAAGAACAGUGCAGAGGAAUGACAGCCCCCGCCGAAACUGGCACGGAAGGCCGCAUCGACCGAGCCACUGGCAGCGGAGCGGGGGUUGUGGCGGUCCCGACGAGGAAGACUAUCCCUCCGCCUUGCCACCCUUCCCCGCAGAGGCGACCAGCUGGACCGAGCUCAAGUCUGGCCGGACUCAGGCCGAGCGCUCGGCGGCACUGCUGGCUUGUGAGGGUGCCGUCCUCUGGAAAGGUUCCAUCCAGCCCCUGGUCGUGCCUACACGGGAUCUCUCGAUACCGGGCAUUGUGUCUGAGCUUGUGAUCCUCAAGGAGGUCGACCUGGUAAAUGGCGGUCGGCACACGAGCAGCCCAGCGCUCGAUGAUGCCGAGCCCUUGACGCCAGACCUGGACGUGUAUUUGCCUGGCACAUCUUACACCAAGAGGAACCCUGGAACUCCAGAGUGCAGAGUCUGCAUGGUCAGGUGGGAAGAUGGCCCGGCCCGGCUGCGAGACCUGAAGCGUAGACAGGCGACCGUGACCGACAGCGCUCCCCUCGUGUUUGCGACGGUGGACCACGGCCAGGUGCAUCUGUAUGCGUUUGACGUGAUGGAGGCACCUCGUUUCUUUCCGGCACCCUGAAGUCGGAAGUCGCUUUGUUUCAGGGUAUGAGAUCCUCGCGUGAUGCCUCGAUAUUGCGUGGGUUGGGGGGGAGACUAUGUUUCUGGAAUGUCAUUAGAUCUCCAACUGGUCUCCAAGCCGCCUGCUUUUGCCCGGCUGACUCGAGAUGUGCCAGCUUCCGAUUGCUGCAAUCGCACACUGCCACUAGGUUGUACAUCAGCAGGCAAGCAGAAAAAAAGAAGAUUGCACAUUCAAGAGGUAGGCCCCAUUGCUACCAAGUCCGAACUUCAGUAGUGCUUUUUAUAGCGAGUCUUGAAUGCUGUAGAAAUUUUGUAUACUGUAUAAUCGAGUAUUUUUUUAUAGUAACGUUAACUGGAACGAUUGUCGGUAUGCGAGGCUAGCAAUCCAGUCUUAUUAGAAAGGUUUUGCACUUUGUUACAGUGUUCCAUUACCGGUAUUGCCCUGACUUUCUGCCAGCUUCAGCCGUUGCUGGUUAAUCGACACUGUGUGUAUACCCCUGGUAUGGAUUAGCUAGUGCAUCAAAGGUGCCAGGGAACCAGCUUGACACAUGCUAGCAUGGAAGUAACACAGUGGCACUUGAAAGGUUCACCUUGUGUUGCCUUUUUUUUUUUUUUUUUUUUUUUGGCUUAUGCACUUCGCAGUGCACCCUUUUUCUGCUGGCUGCCACUGUUGGAAACUGUGUUCGUGAUGCUGUAUAUGUCUGUGUGUGUCAUCACUAUGUGUGCUGGGUUCGGAUAAAUGUUUUUCUCUGGCUAGUUGGUUUACGCCUGUGAAGCUUAACCUCCUGCACAAAAACACGCAGCUGUGGUCAAGUGAACAAACACAGAUCGGAUGUAAAGCCAGUCUCCUAACUUCAUUUCGUUCAGGAGCAUUACAACAGAAUUCUUACGCUUGCUGAGGCAGGAACCAACUUGUUUGAAAUGCUUGUUAAAGGCUGACGAAAGAGCCUGUCCAGCAGAAUUGUGAAGCUGCCAUCCUUUAAUCAGAAGUCAGAACAGUCAGCUGGGAUGCGUCUGCCUUAAUACACAGUCGUGUCCUGUAGGUCAUGUUGCUCACCUCAGUCUUCUAAUGAGUGAAUGCUCAAGAAUGCUACUGUAACGCUUCUGAAAGAAACAGAGUUAGAAGAUCCAUGCCUCAUCUUGUCUAUGCUUGUUUUUUUGUGUGUUUUUCAUUUGUUCAUUUGUAUUCCUCCACACUUCCGUGCACAGAUCAUCUGCUUCAUUAACAGGGAUGCAGGUGUUGCUUCACGUGAAGUUAUAAAGAAACAUCGACGUGCUCUUUUUAAAUCACACUAGUAUCUCCAUCUUUUUUUCUUUUUAAUUCUGCAGUAGUUAGAAAGUUUACUUAGGAAUAUUGUGGAUGCAACAAAGCCUGUUUGCAUUGUACUUGUGAAAUUAGAGCCCACUAGAGAUUUGACUGGGUUUUUGUCUUAAGCUUUGAAUCUCACUGCAUUUUCAUUGGCUUGGACAUUUGCAAAAGAUGUGUAGACUCUAUUUUUUGUUCUAGACUCCAAAAGCUGCAUUCAUUGCAUUAACUUGUGUGAGGUGAGCAAUGAAUGUAGGCAUUGAGAUCCAAUUUUCAGCCAGAUGCUAUGCAUGCGUCAACUUUCACUUUCGUGAGUUAUGCUGCACGUGCGAGUAUCCCCUACAUCGCAACUAGAGCAUCUCGUGCCAACAAUUGAGCAUGGGUUUGAAAGAAUGUAUUCAUGGUUUGUUGAUGCUUUUGCAUACCUGACUUGAAAGAUCUGCAGGCUUGUCCUUUUAAAGGGCCCCUAAAUUACCUCUGGCAUCUUUUCUUUUUACAUAUAUUAAGUACACACGCGCAUUCUGUAAACAAAAAACGAACACAUUUGGCAAACAUAGCAAUGCUACAUUCCGCAGGGGCGCCAGAAAAUAAACAAUCCCGUGCUCCUCGUUGGGCUUUGCGGUCCCUUCUUUGCACAUUGCAAAGCCAGCAAGGUCAUGUACGUGACAUCGCCUGGGUAAAAGCCAUCCAUUGGCUGCCGAGAGCUGGCCGUGUAUUCUGAGAAGGGAGGGGGUGCUUGCCCAUUGUGUGCCACCCACUCUACCGUGAAGCUUCCAUUCAGACGGCAUUGUGCAGAAGGUGACCAGCGCGCGGGACAAUGGGCGAUCCCUUUUGGUUGGUUAAUACGACUCGUAGCCUUCCAACACUGCGUGGUGUGGGCCGGAGCAUGUGGCGAGGAGAAGAAAGCAUCUGGGGGGAGGGUAGCGAGGGCAAGUGAGAAACUGCGGCUGCCGCCUAGCCCUUGAUCAAACGCCUGCAACUUCGCUCUUAUGGAAUCAUUUUGAAAGGUUUUACUGCUGGUAUGCAGUGGCCGCUACGUAAAAGGAUCUUGAGUUCAGAGUGGUUUAGGCGCCCUUUAGGAUAGGAACCGCUCUUGGAGACGGAACUUUGGAAGACGAACAUCUGUGCUGAAGUCAGGGUUGGUGCCAAGAGGAUGGCACGGUUUAUUUCAUUUUUCGAAGCUAUGUUGCCAACCGUCAGUGCAAAACUCUUUUUUUUUCCAAUGUGCAACUGCGUCAACUGAGGACGUUGGAGAACCUGUACUGGUGUGAAGUCAGGAAUCGUCGUCUAUGCAGUGGACCCCCCAAAAAAUGAGAGAAUUGUGUCCGUGUGUGCCCAGGCUUGUAGUGAAUAGCGUAGACAUUCUCCUGUGUUUUAUGGAACUUUGGGUAGAGAACUGAUUCAUUUCUAAUUGAAGCACGAUGUGCUAUGUUCCACCUGCAUGCAGCGCUCCGAGUGCUAGCACAAGUAAUGUGUACAAAUGUAUAUAAAAUAAAGUGGCCCCACACAUGUAAAUGGGCAGGGAGCAGAAACGUCAUGUCCCUAGGCUUUCCUUUUUGGCUUGUAGAUAGCCUAUUUAAGACAUAUGCGAUGGUGUUGUUCAGCUGUGUUUAUUGCCUGCCGUGUGACCAGGAUAAUCAUGCAAUUAUAGAGAAAGAAAGACAAAUUAAGGCUUUAGUGAAGUGAGCUAGCGAGGCAAAAAAUUAUGCAUGCCACCAAAGUAAGAAUGACCAAGGGCGUAGUACCAGCAUUACUGUAGUCUAACUCAAAGGAGUCAUUAUUUGGGGACUAACUGCUCAUUGUUUCUUAGUCUGCAACCGAUCUGCAAUUUUCUUUUUCCUUACUUCCUGAGGCUGCUUUAAAACUUUUUCAUCAGUGAUGCGAGAAUUGAGCCAAUCUUCUGCCCUGAAUUUGGUAACUGCAGAAACUGGUGCCAGCCACUAAUUGUUGUCAUUACUCUGCACAAAGUGCCCUGGAAACUGAACUGCCUCCUUUCUUUUUGUACUGCUGUGUGGCAAGGCCAAAGUGACUGUUGGCGUUUGCCUUGCAAAAUACAUGUGGCAGCAUUCCCAUGAUUUGGUCUGGUUAUCAUCAGCAACUUACUUCCUUUUACAUAAGAGAAAUUGUAUAACAGCAAGGUCUGUUGCUGUCAUUUUCAAUGACCUGUUUCUAUAGGCAGCUAUUCCCAAGUCAUUGUACAAGUUGUUUAUUGCACAGUAUUUGCAGUUGACAGACCCUAAACCAUAAUAGCCUUCAUAUUCAAGGUAAAUUCUGUGGAAUAUGUGAGCAUUGUGUACAUAUUGAAAUCAUGUUGUGUGUGCAGUUUAAUCCAUCUAUUGAAAAUAUAAUUUUAUAUGAAUUUGUAGCCUGCAUAUAAUUUGUAUAUGAUCAAAAUGAUGCAAAAGAGCAAUGUUUGGUAAUUCUGAUGGUUUUUCAUGGAUUGCAUGUAUUUCCAACAAUUUUGGUUGUUAUGUGCUUUGUGUCCACUUGCACAUCUAGCUAUGUACAAAUGAAUUCAUUAGUAUUUUGCAUGCCACUCUUGCUUUUGCACCCCUAGUAAGAUGUACAUAAACUGUCUUAUGUUUACAUACACACCCUGUAAACAUCAUAUGUCACCUUGCGAUGUUCACAUGUCGGGUCGAUAUUUCAUAUUUACACAGAAUACAUCUGUUGCUCACCCCCUA